GCCGCGACGAAGAUGAUCGCCUCCCCCUCCACUGGGCCGUGUCCUACAACCGCACGCCGAUAAUCACACUAUUAAUGGACAGCCCAGGCUUCGACGUCGACGCAAAAGUAAAGACCACCCAACAGCCGUCAUGCUCGCUCUCCUGCCUCCUCACAUAGACAGGAGCUCACUGACCGGUGACGCAGGACGGCUCCGGCUGGACGGCACUCAUGAUGGCAUCCAGCGUGAAAGACGGCGAGGACAUGGUCGCCGUCCUGCUCGCCAAAGGCGCAGACGUGAAUCUGAAGAACAACAACGGUCAGACUGCCCUGCAUUUUACCGCCUCGAAGACCAAUCUCGAUAUUGCACGCACACUCGUUGCUGCUGGCGCAACUGCUCGUGUCAAGGACAAGCGCCAGCAGCUCCCCCUUCAUCGUGCCGCGGCCGUCGGGUCUGUGCCUAUGCUCAAGCUCCUGCUUGAGAACAAGAGUCCUGUCAAUGCGACAGAUAUAGACGGGAUGACGGCUCUGCACCAUGCGGUGUCCGAAGGGCAUGGCGACGCGGCGUUGUUGCUGAUGAAGGAGGGCGCGGAGACGGAUAAGAGGACUGGUGACGGGGUGCUGGCGAUUGAUCUUGCGCCAGAUGCAAAGGUUUGUACUGCGAAAGGAGGGUCCAAGGGAAUUGGCUGACAACAUAUACAGAUCCGUAAUUUCAUCCUGAGCAGCGCCGAGCGCGAGGGCAUUGAUAUAACAGAGUCGUAGCUAAUCUAUACUGCGCGCUACAUAUGCAAAACGUAGUCCAAGCGCAUUCUGUAUGCUCGCUC